UAACAAAAGCAUAAUUACAGCAUCAUGUACAAUGAUGUGUGUGGUCAUCAUCACCUCAAGUUUCCACCUGGGUUCAAGUUCGGUGCUGUAACAUCGGCUUAUCAAAUAGAAGGUGGCUGGAAUGCAGGGGAUAAGGCUCCGAGUAUUUGGGAUGUAUACACUCACAAAUAUCCAUUCCGAAUCGCCAAUUUUUCAAACGCUGACAUUGCAUGCGAUUCAUUUCACUUAUGGCGCGAGGAUGUUCGAAUAGCAGCUAAUUUGGGUCUACAUUAUUACAGAAUAUCUAUAUCUUGGACCCGGCUUUUACCGAAAGGAUUUUCAAACUACGUGAGCAGAACUGGCACAAAGUACUACAACAGAAUAAUCGAUGGCCUGUUAGAGAAGGGCAUAGAACCAGUCAUUACUUUGUACCAUAGUGAUUUGCCCCAAAAUCUACAAGACCUGGGUGGAUGGGCGAAUCCUCUAGUCGCAGAUUGGUUUGCCAACUACGCUCGAAUCGCCUUCAGCAUAUUUGGCGAUAGAGUAAAGAAAUGGAUCACAAUAAACGAACCAAUAGUAAUUUGCGAACUUGAAUACACGACGCCAAUAAACGCACCUUCAAUUUCAAGCCCUGGAUUGGGAAAUUAUCUAUGUACUAAAAAUAUAUUACUAGCGCAUGCUAAGGCUUGGAGGGUAUAUGAUGAAGAGUUUAGAUCCCUUUAUGAUGGCAAAAUAUCCAUAACUAACCAGAUGUAUUGGCUCCAAGCUGAGACGGAAGAAUUUGAAGAGCUGGCAGAACUCGCUAGACAGCUAUAUGUUGGAUUAUAUUUACAUCCAAUAUUCUCAAGCAAAGGCGGUUGGCCAUCGUCUGUUGAAAACUGGAUCGCGGAAAAGAGCGAGAGAGAGGGUUAUAGGGAUUCAAGGUUACCAGCUUUUACUGAUGAAGAAAAGGAAUUAGUUAAAGGUAUAUCCCCAUGGGAUUCGUAAACUAUUGAUGUGGCUGAGAAGAACAUACGGUGACUUGGAGUACAUGAUAUUGGAGAAUGGAUUCGCAGUCCAUGAUGAAAGUUUGGAUGACAGGCCACGUGUCAAGUAUCUAAAAGAUCAUUUGGAG